AUGGCACAUAAGGAGAACGAAGAUUCAUUUCAAGAAGACGACGUCUACAUCAAUGCCGAAGAUGGCAUGCCUAAUAUUCACCCCAAUAUUGCUAAUUUAGAGCAAGAACAUGACGUUCAAGAUGAAGUAGAUGAUUUAGAUGAUUUGCCGAAAUCUGUGAUCGUCACAAAUAUCCACAGUGACAUUUUCGCCGAUGAGAUAUUAAAGAGAGGAAUGGAAGAUUUGUUCCGCACUUUUUCAGACAAUAUCACUUUUCAAUGGCUACGCAGUUUCAAACGUUUGCGCGUUAAUUACGACAGCCCAUUAGCCGCAGCAAAUGCUCGCGUACAGCUUCAUCAAUAUCAAUUUCAUAAUUCGUGCAUUAACUGUUACUUUGCACAACCAGUGACACCGGUCUCAUUUAAAAACCUUCGGCCACCUGCACCUGUCAAGCAAUUUCUAAUUUCGCCGCCGUCUAGCCCCCCAGUUGGCUGGGAGCCACGUGAAGAAAAUGAACCAUUAGUUAAUCAUGAUCUCUUAGCAGCAUUGGCUACUUUAUCACCUGGCGAGAGUCAUGAACUGCACGCUCCAACUCCAACACAACCAGCUAUAGUGGUACAUACUGCUAUGGCAUCGGACACAAAAACAGCUCUUGUUGGCAAGAUAGCUCAUACUCGCUGUCCAGAUUAUUGA